AUGGAGACAGAUGAGUUUAGUAUCAAUGCAAUGUAUAAGAAGCUGAGGGGUGAAUAUAUCAAGGUUCCCUGGAGGAGAAUGACCUGCAACAACCAGGGGAGUCCUAAAUGGAUCUUUGCACUGUACUUGGCUAUUAAUAGAAGACUCUACACCAGAGAUAGACUGGCAAGAUGGGGGAUCACAAAUGAUACAUUAUGUCCACUCUGCAUGGAAGCUAAUGAAACCCACCAGCACCCAUUCUUUACAUGUAUCUACUCAAGAAUGUUGUGGCAAAAACUCCUGAACUGGCUAUCAAUUAAUAGAGCUAGUAAUGGAUGGACCGAGGAACUGAAUUGGGCUGUAGAGCAUGCUUCAAGUAAAACAAUAAUAGCAGAGAUUCUGACACAGAUUGGGCAACAUAUUUGA